GCUGGCAGUUAGAGCCUGUUACCAGGAAUAUUACCAGGAUUAUAAAGAUCAUCAAGUAGAUCCCGAAACUUACCUUAUAGAGGCCCCACAGCGAGAGCACACAGUAGGAGACAAUGAUCAGCCACUUGAGCACGGGUGGGAAGCACAGAGUGGUGGCCGUCACCAGGGGCAGAGCACCUGAAAGAAACAAACAAAAUAAACGGAGAGCGGAAGAGAUAGUUAGCACACGUAGUCUGGCCACCGAUAAUGCGGCUCCCCAGUCGGAAAUCAAAGCUCGAACGCGAUGGAGCGACAUCUCACAGCUUCCGCUUGCCUAAUCUUUCUAAUCGCCUUGGUCAUCCAAGGUUCGAUGGGCGGCGUUUUCAAGGAGCUAACCACGCCGCUGGGUCAAGAGAUCAUGCGGAUCGCCAAGUCGGCGGAGAUACGCUCUUUUAUGGACACCAAUGUGGCUCCCUGUGAUGAUUUCUACAAACACGCCUGUGGCAACUUUGCAGUGAUUAACGCUGCCACCCAGAAGAAGGAUACCAAUAUGGCACGGCUGCUGUUCGACAACUACCUACGUCGGGUUAGGCAGCUGCUAAAGGAGCCCCGAAUCAGCACAGAUCGCCCCAUGGAGGUGAGGGUUAAGUACUUCUACGAAUCCUGCCUGAACACAACGGCCUUGCGGAUGAAGCAGCGCUCCCAUGUACUGAGUGUCUUGAGGGAGUUCGGUGGCAUGCCUGUUAUGCAGGGAAAGGAUUGGGAUCAGACCGGAUUCGAUGCUCUCGAGAUGAUGGCCCGGCUACUGCGACGCUACGGAAAGAGGACUCUUCUGGGUGUCCAAGUGGCUCCGGAUUUCGCCAACUCCCAGAUCAAUCGCCUGUACCUGGGUCAGAGGGACGACCUGAGUGACAGCAGUCCGUUCGACAGGUAUACAGUGCUUAGGAAGAGCCUCAUGACUUUACUGGGCGUGCCGGAGGACCGAGCUGAUGAAGCUGCUUGGAAGGUAUUCGAUUUGGAAACGAAACUAUUCCGCAAGGUUCUCGAACCAGGAACAGAUCGUGAUCCGCGCCUGAAGAGUCACCUGACCCUGUUGCCCAACAUGAGCGACACCUACGGACCGAUUCUAAACCUGACUCGCUUUGUGAACAUCUGGUUGGGUCACGAUUACAAUCUGCCGGUCUACGAGUCAGUGCCCAACUACCUUUUCCAGGUGAACAAGAUCCUGUUGAGCACCCCCAAACAUGUGCUGGCCAACUAUAUGCUGUCCAGUCUUCUAGAGGACUUUGAGAUCGAUCAGAGUGAGGGUCGCCAGGAGGCGAUCUGUGCGGAGAAGAUCACAAGUCUAUUUCCCGAUGUGGUGGACCACAUGGUGUUUCAUUCACUGCAGCAGCAAAGUCCCCACAUAGCCAACGAGUUGAGGAGUCUUUGGGCGGAACUGAAGACCUCGUUCCAGGAGAUUCUGAGCUCGCCCGAUCUUAAAUGGCUGGAGGAAGCCACGCGUAAGGAGAUGCUGGAAAAGCUCAAGGCGAUGUCCUUUGAAAUAGCCGGCGAUCAGGCUGUAGACUUCGAGGAGCAGUAUGGCGAACUGGUGGUCAGCUCCGCCGACUACUACGGCAAUGUUCAGCGAUUGUUGGAAGUGCAGGGCAAAAAUCUCCGCAAGGAUCUGAUGCGGGAAUCCAGGAUCACGAACUACUAUAAAGGUGUGAUCGGAUCUCCAUUCUACGUGACGGAAACCAAUCUGGUGGUGCUGCCCACCAGCUUUAUGCAGCAUCGCUAUCUCUGGGACGACGUUUAUCCGGCUGCCCUCAAGUACGGCACUCUGGGUUUCAUCCUUGGUCACGAGAUGGCCCAUGCAUUCGACGACGUAAGCCGACUCUUCGACAGCAGGGGCAACCUAAACGACACCUGGAGCAGGCAGACCAAACUGAGCUUCGAAUUGAAUAAGAAAUGUCUGGCCGAACAGUUUGGGGAGAUGGAGUACGACGGCACUUCGUUGCCAAAGUUUGAAUCGCAGGGUGAGAACAUAGCAGACAAUGUGGGCAUUCGCAUUGCUCAAUCGGCAUUUAGCAAGUGGUUGAAGCAAUUGAACAGCCAGGAAGCGGAGAAACUACCCAACUUGUCCCAGCCGCCGAAGCAGCUCUUCUACCUCGGCUUGGCGCAGUCCAUGUGCUCGGAUACGUGGGUGGGCAGACUAGCCUCCGUCCUCUACAGUGUGCAUCCGCCGAAUGAGUCCCGAGUGUUUGCCAUGAUGACUAAUUCACCGGCCUUCGCCGAGGCCUUCCAGUGUAGUAACACGACGCGUAUGAAUCCCCCACACAAAUGUUCAAUGUAUUGAGAUUUCCCUUGUAUCUCAGAGAUUACGCACAUGGCGUAUAUAUAUGUCUAAUAAAUAGUUCCGCAUACAGGCA